AUGAGGAGGGAGAACCAGAGCAGCGUGUCUGAGUUCCUCCUCCUGGGGCUCCCCAUCAGGCUGGAGCAGCAGGGCACGUUCUUUGCCCUGUUCCUGGGCAUGUACCUGACCACAGUGCUGGGGAACCUGCUCAUCAUCCUGCUCAUCAGGCUGGACUCGCGCCUCCACACCCCCAUGUACUUCUUCCUCAGCCACUUGGCUCUCACUGACAUCUCCUUUUCAUCUGUCACUGUCCCUAAGAUGCUGACGAACAUGCAGACUCAGGAUCCAUCCAUCCCAUAUGCAGAAUGCAUAGCACAGACAUAUUUUUUUAUAUUUUUUGCUGAUCUGGACAAUUUCCUUCUUACUUCAAUGUCAUAUGAUCGGUACGUGGCCAUCUGUCACCCCCUCCACUACACCAGCAUCAUGAGAGAGGGGCUGUGUAUGUUACUAGUAGCUGUAUCCUGGAUCCUCUCCUGUGCCAAUGCCCUGUCUCACACCCUCCUCCUGUCCAACCUGUCCUUUUGUGCUGACAACACUAUCCCCCACUUCUUCUGUGACCUUGGUGCCCUGCUUAAGUUCUCCUGCUCGGACACCUCCCUCAAUGAGCUGGUCAUUUACACAGCAGGAGGGGCAGUCAUUACUCUCCCACUAAUAUGCAUCUUGAUCUCUUAUGGCCGCAUUGGGGCCACCAUCCUGAAGGUUCCAUCUACCAAGGGAGUCUGCAAAGCCUUGUCCACGUGUGGCUCCCACCUCUCUGUGGUAUCUCUGUAUUAUGGAACAAUUAUUGGGCUGUAUGUUUUCCCCUCAUCCAACAACUCCAGCAACAAGGACAUAAUUGCCUCUGUGAUGUACACAGUGGUCACUCCAUUGCUGAACCCUUUCGUUUAUAGCCUGAGGAACAGGGACGUGAACGGGGCCCUGGAGAAACUCUUCACUGGGGCAACAGUCUUGUCUAAAUGA